UCUCUCCCCCGUCUAAGCUUCUCUUGCCAUCCGACACUUAACUCUCUCUGUGCUUCUCCCCGCCCAGCCCCCUUCCCAAACCGAGAAACAGAGAGACAGCAAAAAAUAGAAGAAAAUCAAAUAAAAGUGGACUGCCCCGUUCAUUUCCACCGCCUAAUUCAUCACCUUCUCUAAGCUCUUCUCGGCUCCCCUGUUUUCUGGUCUUGUCUCUUAUCUCUCUCUCUUUACCGUAGCUCUCCCUUCCUGAGCUCCUUCACUCCUCCACUCCCCCCUCUCUACCUGUCGACAACACUAUCCGAGGUUACGGAACUCGCUGGAAUCGUCUCUCAUGGCUCCUCCUCCUCCCUCUACUUUGCCCUUGGGCGAAAGGUUGAAGGCUCUGGCCCAGACCCUGCAACAUGUGACCCUGCUCAUCUCCGUCUUCCGAUACACCCUGUCCUAUGCGACCUUCAACUACUAUUCCUCCGCCGCCCAGUUCACCUAUCGCCUGGCGUUUCUGUCGGCUGCGGUGACCUACGGGAUUGUGGUAUACAAGGGACACAUUGCUCGGGGCCGUCUCCAGGGCAGCGUCCCCAGCAUCGUGUUGAAGCUUGCUAGCGACGAAAAUGUCCAAUACCUCGGGAUGGCGUUGGUCUGGCUGUAUUCGCGGCAGAUCCCCUUGGCACUCCUGCCCUUCAGUGUCUACUCCAUCUUCCACGUCGCGACUUAUUCGCGGGCCCACCUGAUUCCCACCCUGCAGCCCCCGCUGCGGGCGCCGUCGCCCCUGGCCGACACCAUCGGCCGAUUCGUGAAGCAGUACUACGAUGCUAGCAUGGACUUGGUCGCGGGACUCGAGAUUGCGCUCUUGUUCCGCCUGGCGGUCUCGAUCCUGACCUUCUCCAAGGGCAGCUUCCUCCUCUUGGCCAUCUACCUGGCCUUCUUCCGCGCCCGCUACUCCCAGAGCUCCUUCGUCCAGCAGGCCGUCCGUUAUUUCACCGCCCGCGUCGAUGCCUCGGUCUCGCACCAGAGCACCCCGCCGGCUGUCCGUCAGGGCUGGGAGACUUUCAAGGGCGUGGUGCGCCGCGGCUACGAAGCGACCGACACGAGCCGCUUGACCUCGGCCGGCAAGAAGCCUCAAUAAACAGCGAAAGAAGCGAGACAGGUGUGGGGAGGCAAAUCGCCGGACCGAGCCUACGAGUGCAGUGGAUUGCUUUUGGUCGGACCGUCUUGGAGGGUCUGCAUGGCCGGGCCUACUCGCACUUGGCUAGCGCUAAUCAACCAACGUGCCGUCGAUUCCAGCAUUGCAGUGGGAUCGUGGCAGCCGUAUGAACGGGGUGGGGAAGAAUGUGUACAUGGUGGAGGGAUGGGUCGAAGAUGUAGUGUCGCGGGUACCGUGACCAGGGCGCAAACUGCUUCAGAUGCGAAUUGUUUCUAUAGCGCGGCAUGUGUGGAUUCCGAAUGUGGUUAUAAUACGAAUGAUGCUUUUAUGUCCUAUUCUAGUUUUGAGUGGCGUCAUACGGGGUACUCCGUAGAUAACCAAGGGAUCCGUGGCCACCGAUUAUUCAGCAGCUCCACGCCUGAGGCCAAAACUCGGUGUUCGGGCGGCGGAGAAAAC